UUCUCAAAACCAGGUUGUGUGCCUCACGUACUAAGUUCUGCGUUCAACUCGGUUAAAACUAUGUACAGAUCAUCGAAUGGGUUGGUUGCCACAGACAUUUCUGGGAAAACACUCGGCACUAGAUGACCCUAAUAAAUACGUUGCGUUUGCCAAAUCUGUUUCUUUUCUCAAAGGGAAACAUCUGAAAUUGGUAAUGGAGAUAUCCACGAUCCAAGCGCUACCGAGAAUGACAAGUACCGUGCAUUAACUCAGCAGGCGCCGAAGGAGGGAGGAGCUUAAGUGCGCUUUGGCAGCUCACCUUCUCCUCGCCUGGGCUCAGGUUAGUGAAAACGUGUGAUAAAGUAAACAGCUGUAGGAGCAGGAAAAGCCACGCUACGGGAAAAGAAACUGGCGAACUAGAUUUGGUGUGAAUCAUUAGACGCCUAUUGUUUCGGGAACGAUCGUUCCCAGCUUCGGCUGGUGAGGAUAUAGUACCGGACAGUUUGACACCUCGGAAUAACUAACUCCAACAUCCGAAACCAUCUCGCUGGAUUGGACUGCAUCGACUCCCGGAAGGAUGGCGUCUGUGAUCUGCUGAGGAGCUAUGAUCCUAGAGAGGUGGGUAUUUUAAGUAUGUGCGUCCAGCAUCCCCCCCCCAGCUUUCUCCGAGGGAUCCCGUAUCGAUUUACGAGCUCGCUGCCCUCGAGUGAAAACAGAUGUGUGCCAAAAUGUACUUCUUUUUCCUAGGAGUCCUUGUGAAUAAUGAAUUCCUCCAGCUCAGGACACGGAGCUUCGUGAUUGGUCCAGGGCCUUGAUCACGUGAUAAGGAAGUGUCCCGUCACGCGUGCGCUGGCUGCUGUAUAAGCAUGCUGUUGUUCAAAUCGUAAUCACGUCGGUGUUCUCAGGGUGUUUCGAUGAUUGUCAGAAUGGAGAAGAGAUGCCUGAAAUGUGAAAGGAGGGCCACAUGGUAGCAGACCGAUCCAAGUUUUCUUGACCUCAGAACAAUGCUGACCAGUGCUGUGACCUCCCCGCCCUAUUGGGGGCGCUCUCCGCCCUGCAGUAUGGAUUAGCCGCCGUGCCGCUAGCAUCAUGGCCUCCACCGUCGCCAGUGGCAACCAGGACGGGCCCCCCGUCCUCAAAGGGGUGGACCCCGAAACGUGCAUGAUCGUCUUUAAGAACCACUGGGCGCAGGUGGUGAAAAUUUUGGAGAAACACGACCCCCUGCGCGGCGGCCCCCUAGGGGGCGCUAGUGGCCCCCGCUUCGGGGCCAUCCCGGGUGACGAGGCCAGCGCCGUGCAGAACUACGUGGAGCACAUGCUCUUCCUGCUGAUGGAGGAGGGCGGCGGGCCGGGCGGCGCCAUGGGCCCCAUCCUGGAGUUUGUGGUGAUGGAGAACGUGAUGGAGCGCCUCUUCGUGUGGAGCCUGCGUCGCGAGUUCACCGACGACAUGAAGCUGGAGCAGCUGCGGAUGUACGAGAUGCUGCUGGGCCGAGCCCGGCAGCCGCUGCUGCUCCACAAGCCGGUGCUGCGGCCCCUCAUGAUGCUGCUGAGCGCCUGCUCGGGCCCCGGGGCCGCCACAGCCGCCGUGGAGUCCGAGCUGGUGGUUCUGCUCAGUCAGCUCUGUUCCAUCCUGGCCCGAGAGCCCUCCAUCUUGGAGCUGUUCUUCCACACCAGCGAGGACCAGGGUGCCGCCAACUUCCUCAUCUUCUCCCUGCUCAUCCCCUUCAUUCACCGCGAGGGCGCCGUUGGGCAGCAGGCACGGGACGCCCUCCUCUUCAUCAUGGCGCUGUCCGCCGAGAACCACGUGGUGGCCAAUUACAUCGCGGAGAACACCUACUUCUGCCCGGUCCUGGCGACGGGGCUGAGCGGCUUGUACUCCUCUCUGCCCCCAAAGCUGGAGGUCCGCGGUGAGGACUGGCACUGCCUGCAGCGGGAGGACUGGAUGCAGGUGCCUGCCCUGGUCCAGUUCCUUAACUCCCUGGAGUUCUGCAACGCCGUCAUCCAGGUCGCUAACCCCGCCAUUCGAGACCAGCUGGUCAGCUACAUCUACAACGGCUUCCUGGUGCCCGUCCUCGCACCUGCUCUACACAAGUUGACCCUGGAGGAAGUGAUGACUACGACGGCCUACCUGGACCUGUUCCUGCGCAGCGUGUCCGAGCCGGCGCUGCUGCAGACUUUCCUCAGCUUCAUCCUGCUGCAUCGGCACGAGAGUGUGCACGUCCUGGACACGCUGGUCAGCCGCAUCAACACACCCUUCCAGCUUGGCACGGUCUCCCUGGCCCUGUUCCGCACUCUGAUUGGCCUUUACUGUGAGGAUGUGAUGUUGCAGCUCAUCCUGAGGUACCUGAUCCCCUGCAGUCACAUGAUGCUGAGUCAGCGCUGCGUAAUAAAGGAGCGGGACUGCUAUUCUGUGUCUGCGGCCAAGUUCCUGGCCCUCACGCCUUCAUGCUGUCCAUCUGGAUUCACCACUCCUCCGCUCAGGCAGCAGCUGGACUGCAUCCUGUGGUCAAAGGAUUCACAGACGGAGAGCAUAGAUGAUUCGGCCUACAUCACCGUCAUCAGCGCUGAGGUGCCCAUGGACAUCAGCUACUUGCACUACCUGCUGGAUGCCCGCAGUAGGAUCACUAGGUGCGUCAAGGCAUGCCAGGUGUGGUCGGCCCCUUACGAUGGCGAGGACCCCCCACCUGACCAAUACCAGCCGAGCGUGCUGGAUGACGACGGCAAGCCGCGCCGCUCUAGCCACACCCGUGCCCCCCGGCAUGCUUCUGAGCUUAGCUCUGCCGGGGACCGGUCCAUCCAGCUAGACCUGGAGUGGGAUGACAGCUAUGACACGGCCCUGUCCCCAACUGACAGCCCGGAACCCCUACCUCCUGUCCCCGUCGAACCGCCGAAACACAUCCAGGAGAUGAGGAGGAGCGCCAUCAUGCUCAUCAAGGGCUCCUAUGUCGAGGAGUCGGACUUCCAGGACGACGUCAUGGUCUACAACCUUGUCGCGCAGAAGGAUGCGCAGGACGUCAUGGAAGUAGGCGUGACGAAGCCCGAGGGGCCCGAUCCAUCUCCGCCAGGCAAUGGGCCCAGUCUCCGGCAGCCAGCUCUCAGCAACGGCCUCACCUCCCCCCAGGAGAGUGACCCGGGGACUCUGUUAGCAAAGCCAGAGGCGGGUAGGGGGCGAGCGAGCCGCAAGAACAGCCUGACCGGGCUGGGCCAGGAUGGCGCUGAGGAAGACCUCAUGUCCCAGUACGAGGAGCUGAUCCAGGCUCUGGGUGUGGAGCCGGGAAGCCCUCGGAAAGGGGAACAGGAGGUUCAAAGCCCAUUAUCCCUCAUGGAGGAAGAGGAGGUGGACUUCUCCUCCUUCUCUCCGGACACCCCAGAACAGGAUAAGACGCCCUCUCCCCUGGCAUCCAAGGACAGAAGUAGGAGCAGAACUCAGGGAGUGCCGUUCACCGGGCCGUUCGUCAGCGUGCUGCUGUCCCGCCUGGAGCACAUGCUGGACAACUCGCUCCACAUCAACCUGCUGCUGACAGGCAUCCUGGCCCAGCUGGCCGCCUACCCCCAGCCGCUGCUCCGCUCCUUCCUGCUCAACACCAACAUGGUGUUCCAGCCCAGUGUGCGCUCCCUCUACCAGGUACUAGCAUCCGUCAAGAACCAGAUCGAACGCCUGGCCUCGACGACAAAGAACUUCCCAAACCUGCUCAAGGAGGGGCAACAGUGUCUUCUGGCGCGAGAGAAUGUCCUACGCGGUAGAGAACUUCUUGGGGACAACAAGGAGAAUGGAUUCGGACUCCAUGACAGGGGGACCAAUAGGCUGUCGUCGCCCCACCUUAAGGCCCCCGCCCAGGGCACAAACGCGGCCUUCGCCACGCUGCUGUUCACCGAGUUCCUCAAGGAGCUGGCAGCCGUGGCUCAGGAGCACGCCGUGGCGUCCCUGAUCCCCGAGGAGGAGUAGGACAUCCCGGCCUUCAGAAGAACGUCCUCCACAGGCUCCUCGAGACCCAAACGCUCCUCGCAUAUCCUGCGGCCGUUCGGCCGUCCUCAGACGCCGUCUUCGCCUGGGCUGCAUCGUGAGCGUGCGACAGAUUCGUCUCGGUGUUUGAACGCUUUGCGCGAUAUUGACAUAUUUGUAUUUCGUGUCCAUGGAGCUACCUGAUGAAGAAGACACCUCUUUGGUGGAUCUGCCUGCCUUCCAUCUGUUGUGAAAUUUGAAUUUAAUUUGAAGUUGGGGUAUUGUGUUAUUUUCAUGGCUUUUCCUUGCAAACACACAUCCCAGGAUUAGAGCUGAGCCCAAGGGUAACCAGCCUUGCAUACAAGCACAGAUACUUUGGUUGUCACGUGACCCUCAGUCGUUUCAGCCCUGUGGCUCUUGGGUGACAGCCUAGCGUGCCAUCGCAGACAUCAUAACUCUGAGAGUCAUGUUCAAAUGCAUUGCGGGAUACAACAAACAUUAUCGUCAUUGAGUGAAAGAUUGGCAGAUAUACGGGGAAUACCUGUUACCCUAUACUUAUUACAGUUAAUGGACCCAAGGAAGUAGGUGUUUCUCAGUAAAUGUGUGGCCUUACAUGGAAAGCAGUAUUCAUGUGCCAUAGGGUAGGAAGGAUAACGACAACCGUAAUGCAAGACGGCUCGUCUUUCCACUUGAGAUUCAUUCAAAGGACGACGGGUCAAAUUAAAACGUACGUCGGUCCAUUUGACACUCAAUGCACCGUGAUCCUUACAAUGGGUCUGGGGAGGGACGCCCAUGCCAGGCUUACGGGGGGUUUUAAGGAGCUUAGCUGCCUGAGACGGAGACAAGCCAGAGGGAGACGAACCCGGCGGGUCACGGAUCGGUGCGUGAAAUUGCGGGAGUUGGGUGCUGAAUAGGCCAGGCAGCCUGCGAGACAGACGGGGACAUAAAGAUGACGGAGCAGCAUUAUCCUCAUGGAAAAACACCAUUGUUAAGAGUAAGGGUACUCCUGACCGUGCAGAAGAAAGCCACCUGCAGCAUUUUCCUAUAACCAUUGUACUGGUUUAAUGACUUUUUUUUCCCCCAGUAAUAUGAAAUGUCUUUGACACGAACCAUUCAAAUAGACAAGCGAAGAUGCUGAAAUGGGUGCUGUUGACAGUAAACACGCGGCGGGUACGACGGCCCGUCGAGGCCCUUCAUCUCGCACACUCCUCUUUCCACGUGUGCUGUCCAGGGUUCAGUAAUUCUGAACAAGCCUGUCUGGGUGUCAGUCUCUCUUUAGCCUUAUUUUAUUGCUUCUUGCACAUACGAGUUGUAAGUUAUAAGAAGGUAAACUAUGCAAAACAAAUUAGGGUGAAAAAUAUAUUACUAUUUCAGAUGGGGGGGGGGUAUAUUUAAACAAUUUUUUAUAGAAGGCAAUUAGACUGCCAUAUUUUUACCAACACUGUGUAAAAGCUUUCUUUUCCUGAUAAGGUUGUUUGGGCUAUAAAUGGUAGACUACUGUAUGAAGGUCAGGCGCAGUGAACUGGGCCACUGAGCACAUUUAGGCUGCAUGCAUUGUGUUGGUGAGUAUAGACACAGCCCUCAUUGCACUGGCCCGGUUCUGAUCAGUCUAGUCUUCCACUAGAAAAGCACACGGCCCAAUAUGGUUGCCUUGACUUUCCAAAAUGUAUUUAUUUAAAAAAAAAAAACAGACCUGUUAUAUAAAAUGUCAAAAUUUUGUAUCUUGAUGAUUAAAACUGUGCCUGAAGACAGAUUUAA